AUGGUAAUCUCUCAGUCCAGCGUGACGAUAUUCCAGCAGCCCAACAUGGGUGUUCUGGUGGUGAUGUGUGGGAUUAUAGCAGGAUUUCUACACUACCUGUUCUUGGCUGCGUUUGUUUGGAUGUUCCUGGAGGGAGUCCAGCUCUUUCUCAUGGUCAGAAACAUCAGGAAUUUGAGGGUUCCUCAUUCAGAAAAAGUUGAGAAAUUCAUGUACCUUCUUGGCUACGGGGUUCCUGCAGCAAUUGUGGUCAUUUCUGCUGCAGUGGAUCAUGAUGGCUAUGGAUCACCUAGGCACUGCUGGGUCUCCAUAAAAAGAGGAUUCAUCUGGAGUUUCCUGGGACCUGUGUGUCUGAUCAUUGUGAUCAACACGGCUCUGUAUUUCACAAUACUCUUGAUAUUGAAAAGAGAAGUUUCUAAACAGGACACUAAAGUGUCGAAACUUCAGAAUACAAGGAUGCUGACAUUCAAAGCCAUUGCUCAGGUGUUUAUCCUGGGCUGCACUUGGAUUUUUGGUUUGUUUCAGUUUCAGGAACAGCCCGGUGUAAUGACCUAUUUAUUCACCAUCAUCAACAGUUUCCAAGGCACUUUCAUCUUUAUCCUGCUCUGCAUGUUAAAUCCCAAGGUGAGGGCAGCAUAUUCUAACUACUUCAACAGCAAGUGUAAGGCAAUGGACACAAAGCCCUCAGAGGAGGACAAAGCCAACACAAUGACAGUCUUGUCGGUCUCAAAGGACUGAGGAAACUUCUUUUCCCUCACUGGCUGUGUGACAGAUGAAGACAUGAAGACCAUCAUUGUCUCUGC